UUUGAAUCGUGGAUGUGUAUUUUGUGUAUUUCAAUUUUUAAUUUCGUAUGAAUUUUGCCGAGAUGUAUUUUAAAACUAGGAUUUUUAUUUGAUCUGCGGCAAACAUUAAAAUAAGUAUUUCAUAUUAUCAUAGUUUUAAAUGAUUGUAUAGCUAGUCAAGAGGUAAUAACAAUUCCAUCAUGUCCACUCGGAGAGCUAGAAUAAAAGCUGUUACUUCUUUGCCACCAAGAAGAAAAAACGCUGUAGUAGCAGAGAAUAAAGUGAAGGAUACUGAGAAAUCUACUAAAAGCCCCCGCACUCCUUUGAAUGAGAAUAAGUCGCCGCGUGCUAAAAAUGUUACCGAAUCUAAAACUCUUGAAAACAUUGGUCAUAACAUGAUUGAAAAAUUGGUUACAUCAGAAAAACCACCGAGUUUAAGUGAAACCACAAUAGGAGAAACCUUAAGCAAUGCAAGUACGCCAAGAGUUCUUCAUACUCCAGAAAAAAUUCGCUUUAAAGAUAACAAGAAAAGUUCCUCAAACGUGUUCGCCUCCCCUGCACGGAGGGAUAGCCCUAGGAAAACGUUUGCAUCCCCUAUUGCCCCAUCGCCUAAAAUAAGCAAGACUUCAGAUCUGCAGAGACCUCACACUCCUCAGCGAGCUACACCCACUGCACAUAAAAUAAGUGAAAAUAAUGAGUUACAAAUUGCAGAGAGAAUUGUUAGUAAAAUUGAUCAUAAUGUUAAGCCCAAGAUGCAAAUGAAUGCUAAAGAUGAUUACAACAUACCAAGUGUCCCAGAAAGUACUGACGAUGAAGGAAUGGAUGGCAUUGUCCCUCUAAAACCUGCUGCUAGUGUUCCUAAACCUAUUGAUGUCUUGAAGAAUGAGAUAAUAUCAGAAAAUGCUGAAGUUCUCUUUGAUCCUAUCAUACCUCUACCUUCACCGAGUAAAGUCCGUCCUAAACUGCGUCCGGUUCCUAGAUUGGCACCACUUAGAAGAAAUAGCGUACAGGGUAGUGCAAGUGAAUCAGAGGAUGAGAAUCGUCGCAGUCUCCUUAAUUUAAAGGAUCGCCAAGCACAUGAUGUUCACACAUUGCAAUCUUUACCCAAUAGAGACGUGAGUCGAGUUAGGAAUGAUUCAGUUUGCUCAAGUGUGAGCCAGGCACCCACGCAGCUGGCCGCCGCCGCGUCGCCUGCAAGGGACAAACAACAAAUUCAAAAAGCUCGUCGUCAAGAGGAAACUCGGCGCAGGAUGGCGAUGCGGCGGCGGCGAGAGAAUGCCAAGCGUGAUACGCUCACAAUGUAUGACCUCAUCUUCUACAACCCAACUUCUAACCCUCUUGUAUUAAAUGAAGAUGAAAUAAAAUUAAAAGAAGCCAAAGAGAAACAGGAAGCAGAAAGGAUAGCAAAGGAAAAGGAAGUAGCAGUGAAACCACCAGACUCUCCGAAAAAGUCUACUGAGCCAGUUCCCGUGCCACAAAUAAAGCUGGGACCAAAAGGAGAAAUCAUUCUUGAUGAACAGAGCUUGGUGAUAAAACAAACGGAAAGCGAUCGUAAAGUAUCAUCGGUAGUUCACGAGGGGGCUUGGGGCACUGGCGGGCAGUACAAGAAGUUAAACUUCUGUCGCUCCGCGGGCUGGACCGCGCCGGAAACCGUGCGGUUCUACCGCGCGCUCGCCGCGCUGGGGACGGACUUCACGCUCAUGGCGCAGCUGUUCCCUGACCGCACGAGGAAGCAACUCAAAUUAAAGUUCAAAAAGGAAGAAAGGUUGAACGGCGCACAAAUAGACAGGGCUUUACGUGCGUCGCUACAGUUCGACAUUGCUCUACUCAAGGCGGAGUUUGAAGAGGAGCGCGCGACCGCGGCCAGGCAGGCCGAGCUUGAGCGAGAGAAGUUGAAUAAGGAGAAACAAGCUGAGAGGGAGCGCUUAAAGACCUCUAGGGAGGUCCGCAUGAGGCAGAGUCGUGGAGCGAAAGCCCUGGAAGCCUACAAGGAUGCGUCCGUGGACAAAAACAUGAUAAACGCAGAUGACAUCAUACAUAACCACAUACUCCAGAAACAGAAAAACCACAAAGACAAACAACAAACCAAACCAGUUACUCCAUCUCCAAAAAGGAUAUCCACCAUGGCACUAGUCACUUCGGCCUCCAAACCCAAAGAAGACAUAGCCAAUAACAGAACCAAUACACCAAGCUUGCAAGUUAAAACACCAGAGUCUAUCAACGCUUUGCAAAUACCCACCAAUAUAGAAUCUGGAUCUCUAGUAGUUUUAACAGUGAACGAUCCAUCGUCUCCUACGAAGAAAAUGUUACAAACAUACAUAGCCAACGGUCCAGGAAAGUUGACACCCGUUGCUUUACCUUCAUCAAUAUUAAACUAUGUGGUCGGGUAUAUGAAGAAGGGAACUCCGAAAGGAUCUAAUGUGUCAUCACCUUUAUUAUCACCUUGUAGUGUAACUAGUGUGGAAAGUCAUAAUAGUGCUCCAAGUGGUGUUACAAUGUUGCCGAGCCCAGCUAAAAGGCAACGGCAUAGUUCGUACACUAUUACCCAACUUUGAUUUGUGUAAGUCAUUUCAUAAUUCCACUUAUGGCUGCUUCUUGACUGAAAUUGACUAUGUAUAUGAUAUUCAAAAUAGGGCCUUGGACUGUAGUAAUAAAAUUAUGUGUGGUUUUGUAUAGCGGUAGUUCAUGGGGCUAGAAGUUAUUAAAGAGAGUAAUUAAAUAAAAAUCAUGAUUUUUAUUUAUUUUCAACAUUAACGUCACUCUGUAUGGAAGGAAAUUAAUGAUGCCACAAGGCAUAAACAAAAAAUAUUUUUUAUGUUAAAAAAUUGAAAAAUAUUUGUCCUUUAUGUCUUGUGACGUCAUUAAUCGCCUUAAGUACAACGUGUAUGGUGUACCUUCAGAGCUUUAGUUUACGUAAUUAAUUAACACUAUAUAUUAUCUUACAAAUCUAACAAUUCUAUUAAAAGGUGUACAACAGUACCUACUUUGAAUAAAUGAUUUUGAUGCUAAUAAUAAAUUAUGUUAAAAAUAACGAAAAAUGAAUAUUCUUUUUAAUGCCUAAAUAAUUUUUAAAUUAUUCGUUUUAAUAAUGAAUUCUAGGUCCUAAAAAUACCGCUAUUUAUACAAAACCAUCAUUUUAUUACUACAGUCCAAGACAAAACAAGUUGCAAAAAGCAAGGUCUCACAAUACAAGAAAAGGAAAAAAAUCGUUAACCUGUGUUUAUUUAAAUAAAUAUUUUUUUGCGAUUACCAACUUAAGGCAAGGUACGGAACUCUUGGUGCGCGAGUCCGAUUCGGAAAGCAGUUCGACUGAGAGGAGCCGGCAAGGAAGUCAACUGUUGCAUAUUGUAAUAAUAAUGUGGUUAAACAUAUUUUAAUCGUUGUCGUCGUCAACCAAUAGAGGUCCACGGCUGGACAUAGGUCUCUUGUAAGGAGUUCUACACGCCACGGUCUUGCUCGGAGUUUCUCUAUAUGAUCCUAUAGAAAUAGGAACUAGUGUAACCAACAAGAUUUACGGCCGUAUUCUUAAUCAUUACUAUGAGGUCUGACAGUGCGCUCGAACGCAUAGUGUUGGUUCCACCAAUCAGAUCAUUGUAAAUUGACGUGAUACAGUCAUCUGAUUGGUGGAACCGACACUGUGCGUUCGAGCGCACUAUGAGACCUCAUAGUAACGUUUGUGAAUACGGUGUAAGUAAUAUAUUGAUGGGAUAUGUUAAGAAAGUUGAGCAAUUUUGUAUGCUGUUUUGACCUUAAUCUAGACUUUAGUCUUAAUGCGGUACUAUGCGAUGAUAUUAUAUUUUUAUUUAUAAAACCAUCAUGUAAAAUGGUGCGGAUCCAUUUGUAAGCAAAUCUCUUAAUUAAACUAAAUGCUUUAAAACGUUUCUGUUGGAAAGGAUAGCAGACCUAUUAUUUAGUUAUGAGAUUUGUGGACAACCUAGCUUAUUAUUAUAUCAGCAUUCAGCACCAUUAUUGUUAUAUCAGCUGAUGCCCGCGACUUCGGCUGCGUGGAUUUAGGUUUAUAAAAUACUGUGGGCACUCGUAUAAUUUCCUGUCACUCUACAGGUCUUAUCUAUACCAAUGCAAAAAGUCACGUUGAUCCAUAGCUCCGUUGCGUCCGUGAUUGAAGAAGAAACCAACAAAGAAACACACUCGCAUUUAUAAUAAUGGGUAGUGAUUAUUGAAUUGCUAAUAGCACCCUUGUUAAAUAUGUAUAUUUUUAGUAAGUAUAGCAAAAUUUCGCCUGUGAUAUUUUUCUUACAUCAUGUACCAUAUAAUUGUAAUCAUAAUAUUAUUAUAUUGUUACAAAAUGCCAAUGGAAUAUAAAAAGCAUGUUUCACUAUAAUUUAACAUUUGUCUUCAAACUUAUUAGGCGCUGAGAAGUUUUCUUUCUAUGUAUGUAAAUAUAAUAUUUACCAAAAAGAUUGAAUCGACCUGUGAAAGGUUAUUAUCUACGGGUUUGGAGUACCUACAAUGAAUUUGCAUUACAUAUUUAAAACCAUGUAUUUAUAUUUUAAUGAUGUAAUCUUAGCUUUAAUUUUGAUACAGUCUACAGAUGUGAAUAAAUAAAAGUAUAUUAUUAAUAUUA